CCCCGCGUGUCUGCUUCUUCCUCCUCGUCUUCCCUCCGUACCAUCCCCACCACCUCGUCGUCAAGGCUCCAUCCCUCUGGUACGGCGUUCUGGUACUCAACAGGGCCGGCGUCACCCUCAAGCCUCGUGUCUCUCUCCGCGACCUGCUCUGACUCACGCCCUCGUACCUACCACUCUACACGAUCAUUCACGACGCGUCAAUUGCCUCAUCCACCGCGACAGCAUGGACUCUCAAUCGCCAAACACCUUCUUCUCCCUUGGGUCAUCAUUGAAGACCAACGAGAGCGCGACACCUCUUCAGCCUCGCGAUCUCAACAGCUCCAAGAUGGCGACCCUCUCGAAUCUCAAGCCUUCCACUGCCUAUGACACGCCCCCUCCUUCCUCGCCCACAUCUGCCUCCGGACGCGGUCGCGACAACAGGGCUUCAUCAGUCACUGCGCCAUACUCUUCCUCACCCUUUCGUCCAGCAGCUGGUGAUUUUUCUUCACCAGCUCCAGGUUCAUCUCCCAUCAAGGCGCGACAGUCUCGCGUCUCCUUUGGCUCUUCCCACGCGGCGGACAGACUGGGCUUCAGCGAUCCUUUUGCUGGCCUCGAGGAGCUGCCAGUCAGCGAAGGCGCCGAGGGAGAUGUCUCGCAUGUACUGUACGCGUCGUACACCCAUGCUCUAAUGCUUGGCAGGUGCAAGCCGACGGGCGAGACACACGCGUCAAGCGCGGCUGCCUCACAAGAGGAAGAUAGUAUUGCGCCGGCUCAAGGCGUGGGCGCUAAGCCCACACAGCACGUAGCUCUCCCCAAUUCGGCUCGCCACGUGAGCCGAAGGCAUGCCAUCGUGGAAUGGCUACCCUUCUCGCCACUGGUACGCGCAGUCGACGCCUCCGCUGCCGCCAAGCGCCUGCCCCCCGGGGGAUUUGUGGUCAGAAUUCUGGGUCAGAACGGUCUCAUUGUAGAGGGCAAGCGAAGGAGGGAGGGACACGUCCUGCGCCUUCAGCCAGGCAAGACGAUCAUCGACUUCUUCGGCGUCAAAGCUCGCUUCGAUGUUCGUGAAGAAGCCCAGAAGCCUCUUAGCCUCGUAGAGUCCCAAGCUACCAAGGAGCGGACCGCAACAUCAAAGAGGAAAGCCCGAGCUAGCAUGCCUCAGAAGAAUGGAAGCAGUCCUUCUAAGAGCGAUCUGCGCAGAGUCGCGUCCACUUCGGCUAUGCGAGGAGGUUCUCAAGAGGACGUGUCGCAGAUGCUCUCUCCUACGCCUGCCAAGUCCAGCCCGCAACUCGUCAAGAGGUCUACCCUUGGUCGGGACUCACAAUACCCACUCUCACCACCCUCCAGCAGCCCGCCUCCUCUUGACAGCUACGUACCGUCCCAGCCCCUCGAUGCUGGGGACGACACUGGUAUUCUAUCUCACUCUGAUGAUGCGGAAGGCGAGGCAGACGAUGAUGACGGCGCGGAAGAGCCAAUGUCACCUACACUUGGGCGCAGUCGAUUCGCUCGGAGCUCGCUAGGCUCUCGACAGCAGGAGCAAGUCGACUCGGAAGAGGAGCGGCCGGGCAAGAUCACGAAGCUGAUUCCAGGGGCCAACGGAAUUGAGGCUUCGCAAGGAGCCCUGGAUGUGGCCUCUGAUGCAGAGAGUGAGCUAACGCCCUCACCAUCGCCAAGUCGGUCUGCAACUCCCGGCACUACUGUCAAAGAAAUGGGCCCCCCAACAUCGCUUCCGGCUCCCAGGGCGGCGCGACCCUUGGCUCUGACGAACAGUCAGAUUCGCAUGCCUCCGCCAAAGCUUCCAGCUUCUGCUAUGCUGAGUGCUGCCGCAAACAAAGACAACAGCGAGGGCCUGCGUAGCGAUCUGCGCGAGCACGCCCGAAAGUGCGUGGCUGCUCUGGCACCUACCUACGACCUGGAAGGCCUUCUUGCCGGCGCCAUCGUCUUCCACCGCACAGCCACGAUCAGCGCCAGCGAGGCAGUACGCAGCGUCCUGUCCUGCACACAAGGUCUCAUGAGGGGAGAAGUAGGCAGUCUUGCCCCCAAUCCGGAGUGCAUCUCUCCCUCUCAGCAACUCGAGCACGGCAAGAUCGUGCCCGGCUGGGGAGGUGAAGAGCUCCUCGUCGGCAAAGCGGGCCUAUCGACGAGCGCAGCUGCUGACCGUUGGUCCUCAAUCGCCCGACGAGCCUGGACCGAGCAGCUAGAGACGGUCCUGCAGUCUAAGCGAAUGUUUGGUCAAAUUCAACGAGCGGGCAAGGACGCCAGUGGAAACAGUCUCGAGCACUGGUACUACUACGACAAGGAGGGUGAUGACGAUGUAGAGCGAGCGGCGAAUCUCGGCGCACUGGCAAAGCCCAUUCGCGGAGCACUCAAGACGCACAAGCCCAUCUUCUGGAAAAAGUCGGCCUAUCCUAGAUCCGCUGAGGAGGAGGGGAAUUCCUCUUCCAACAACAACAACAACAAUGGCAACAGUGGUCUGGCCGCUGCUGCAGCAUCUUCUGUGCAGAGCUCGAGGGGAACAGUCAUCUACAAGGAUCUUCCGAUGACUGAAUCCCAGAUCGGACCCGCUCUCACCCCCACUCCUUCUGCCGCCAGUAUCCAUCUGAAGCGCGAAUCCUCAACGGCUCCUAGCACCAGUAAUGGCGCUGCUGGGAUCCUCGCUGGUAGAAAGGGGGAAAAGGUUCUCAAGAUUGAUGAGAAUCGGAUUUGGGAAGAGACGCAACCCGAGGAGAGGGAGAAGACGUGGGAUCCCAUUGGGGACAUGGAUUGGGAGGGAGCUGCUUCGACUGGUGGAGCCGGUAAGAGGAAGAGGAGAUAGAGGAGGGUCCUUUGGAAGGCGGGAGGGAAGGGAAGGGAAGGGACCGGGGAGGAGUUGGCUGAGCUGCUGUGCUUCCGUCUACAUGCCUUCUUGACGCUCGCGAGCUACUUAGAAGAGAAGAACAUCGAGCAUCUAUUACACAUUCUCAAUUCGACAAUCAAG